AUGAUGCACAAGUGCCUGUUUAGUAUAUUUGCGCUGACUGGCAUCGCGGCUGCCUGUCCGGACGUGUACUUUAUACGACACGGAGAGAAGCCCGGGGAUGGGGGCAAGGGGUUGAGUGCAGAUGGCCUUGAACGCGCCCAGUGUAUCCGUGAUGUGUUCGGGGCCCAUUCAGACUACGAUAUUGGCUACAUUCUUGCUCAAAGGCCGAAGAAAAAUGGCAAACGAGCUCGUCCCUAUGAAACUGUCAAACCCCUUGCAGAGGACCUCGGUAUUGAAGUCGAUACUUCAUGCGAUCGCGAUGAUCCUGCAUGCGUCAAGGAGGCAGUAGAGAGCUAUGAAGGAGGUGGCAAUAUUCUGAUCUGCUGGGAGCAUCACCGGAUGACUGACCUGGCUGAGGAGCUCGGAUUCGAGGACGCCCCCCUAUACCCCGAUGAUCGAUAUGACCUGAUCUGGACUGAUCCGUAUCCCUAUACGAGAUUUGCGGAUAUCAGCAGUGAAAACUGCCCCGGGCUUGAUUAA